CAGUAUCUCGCGUUGGCUUGUGUCUGUAGUGAAUGAAAACUUUUGAAAGUAGGACUCAGGCGUUUCUGUCUCUUUAAAACUGUUGCGAGAGAAAUAAUACGGUUGUAAAAAUAUUUCGGGUGAGACUGAUGUGAGUGAAUUUAAUUUACCGCGCGGCAAUAUGGCCGCCGUUACAAUCCAGUCCUUCUCGGCAGUGGUGUCGUCUGCUAGAUCGAACUGUCAAGCCGGGGAGAAAUAUCGCGAGAAUAAUUAAAUCAAUUUGCACCACCAGCCUCGGUUUGAAAACGACACAAGUAACUCACGAUGCUAGAUAAUGGAACCAGCGAUCGUCGAAAGGCUCAGUCAUAAGGCAUGGCGGCGCCAAGCAAAAAAGGAACGACGCAGGAGAAUCCGGACUCGCGAGGCUCGCGCGCGCGACGCUGACGCCGAACGGCUUGACGCCAAACUAAAGAAGAACCCCGAUUAUUUAAACUGGCUGGAAGCACAGCGCGUCGAGGAAGAACGCAGAGCCAAGGAGGAAGCCAAGGAACACGAGAUUCGGGAACGAGAGUGGCUGGAGGAAGAGCUUCGUGCGCAAAAAGAGUGGCGGAUCCAACAAGAACGGAAGGCUAAAGCUCGUCAGGAGCAGCUGGACCAGGAGGCACGAAUCCGCAAGGAGUUCGAGGCUAAGCAGGAAGCGUUGCGUUUGAAGAAGGAGGAAGCGCGUCGUAAGGAGGAAGAGGAAUCCCAGAGGCUAGAAGAGGUUCACCGCAACAUCGAGGCGUACAUAGACGACGGAAGAUCUACGCCGGAAGUCCUUCGAGCAGUGACGAAUUCGCAACCUGGGAAGGAACCCUGCCCGUUUUUCUCGAAGACCGGGGCCUGCCGUUACGGCGACACGUGUUCGCGGAAUCACCAGCGGCUCGCGCUCUCCAGGGUGCUCCUGAUUCCCGGUUUUUACUCGCAUUUCUCGCUGGAGAAAAACUCGGCCGAGUACGACACGGACAUCGCGCUCGAGUUUGGGGGCUCCGAGACGCGUCACCACUUCCGGGAAUUCUACAACGACGUAGUGCCGGAGCUGGAAACCUUCGGCAGGAUCAAGACCCUCAAGUGUUGUCGCAACACGGAGAUCCAUCUUCGCGGCAACAUGUACGUCGAGUACUACGAAGAACGGGACGCGGCCAGAGCGCUGCGCAGCCUGAAGGGCCGCUGGUACGCGGGUCGGCAGCUCAACUGCGAAUUUGCGAAUGUCCAGUCGUGGCGCAACGCGAUUUGCGGUAUGCCCAAGUGCCCCAAGGGCAGGUCCUGCAACUUUCUCCAUACCUUCCGCAACCCCCGGGACGAGUACGACGUCAAAAGCCCUCAGAGGCCCAGGACGAGGCGCGGAUCCAGUCACCAUGACCAGAGAACAGCCUCGGCCAGGUCCUCGAGGCCAGAGCAGGAGUCGGCUAGAGGAUCGGGCUGGAUGCGCGAAGAAAGCGCGCGGAACUGGCGGUGGUCCGAUUCCUCCGAUUCGGCGGGAGAGACGCCAACUAGAGCGUCGAGGGCGGAGGAGAAGCGAUUGAGAAGCCCGAGGAAGAGACCGAGAGAUGAGAAGUCGCGAGUAAAGCAAAAGAAGAAGAAGAGGACGCGUGAAGACAGGACGGAAAAAGAACGCGAGAGGAACGGGAAGAGUCGCGAGGCCGGCGAGAAACGGAAAGACCGCGCGAAAAAAAGGGACUCCGCAAAGAAAUUGGAAAGGACCAAAUGGGACGAUGAAAACUACGAACUCAUGGACUCUGGGAGUGAAUCGAAUCACUCCGAUACCGGAAACAGCAGACGAAGACGACGGAAACGUUCCAGGCGGAGCCGAAGUCGAUCCUGGAGUCAGGAUCAGCCCACCGAAGCAUCGGAGUCGGAGGGCAACGGAAGAAGCAGCAAAAUGCCGCAUAGAUAGUCGUGCACUUUACUCAAGGAGGAAAAACACGCUGUAAGCUGUUCGCUCUGCCACACAAUCGAAAAGAAAAGUUUGGAUAGUUUCGUGUUGGUUUAAUAUCGAUAUAACUCGUAUAUACAUGUUAUAUCUUCGAAUCCAAAUGGUGCUCGGCAGGAUUGUUGACAGUAACCAAAGUGCCACAGACUCGACUGCGAGGACACAGUGAAAUG